CUGGUCACAUGACUGAGUCUCCGUACGGGUUUAUCAGCACGGAGAGUUCAUCCACAGACUCAUUCACCGGCUUCAGCCUCUGCCAACGACACCUGAACGCCUCGGCCUCUCCCGGGUAACCCUAACGUCCACUGGCCGCUGCUCGGUGCUCGCUGUAAAGAUGGCUCUGACCGGUUCAGUCUUCCUGUUUUCAGUCCUUCUGUCCUGUGUGAGCGCCGGAGUGUUCUUCAGCCAGAAGCAGCCGUGUUAUGUCCGCUCUCCGAGGAAACACGACUUUGGGCUAAAGACUGCUCCUCGUCCCCAUGAGUAUUUAAACAUUUCUGAACUGCCCAAAUCCUGGGACUGGAGGAACAUCAAUGGCACCAACUUUGUGAGCACGACCCGCAACCAGCACAUCCCCCAGUACUGCGGCUCCUGCUGGGCCCAUGGCAGCACCAGCGCCAUGGCAGAUCGCAUUAACAUAAAGAGAAAUGGAGCGUGGCCAUCUGCUUAUCUCUCGGUCCAGAAUGUGAUCGACUGUGGGAACGCCGGCACCUGCCACGGAGGAGAUCACACUGGUGUGUGGGAGUACGCUAACAAACAUGGCAUCCCAGAUGAGACCUGCAACAACUACCAAGCUAAAGACCAAAACUGCAAACCCUUCAAUGAGUGUGGCACCUGCACCACCUUUGGAGUGUGCAAUAUUGUGAAGAACUACACCCUGUGGAAGGUGGACGAUUAUGGAGCUGUCAGCGGAAGGGAGAAGAUGAUGGCUGAGAUCUACGCUAGGGGACCCAUCAGCUGUGGGAUAAUGGCCACAGAGAAGUUGGAUGCAUACACCGGAGGUCUGUACUUUGAAUAUCAGGAGGACGCUUAUAUCAACCACAUCAUUUCAGUGGCAGGAUGGGGAGUGGAGAACGGUGUUGAAUACUGGAUUGUACGCAACUCCUGGGGAGAGCCAUGGGGUGAGAAGGGCUGGCUCAGGAUCGUGACCAGUGCCUACAAGGGAGGAAGUGGAAGCUCAUACAACCUGGCGGUGGAGGAGGACUGCAUGUACGGUGACCCAGUUGUCCCCAAGGGAUAUCUGUAGAUGCAACAGCGGCACUUCCUGUCUCUGGCAGAGGGAAUGCUUUUAUGUGUAAAAGUUGUAAAGGGAAUGCGUUUAGAUUUGUUUCAUGAGACCUAUUUUUUACACUUUAAUCAGGGGGUCACAGCUCAGUGCCAUGGUCUUCCAGCUGGAUAUCAGACCUGCUUGAAUCAAUGCAGAUUUUCCAAUUUGUGUCAGACAGUGAUUAGAAAUAUAAAUGUAUCAGGAGAACUGAAACACUUCAUUGCUAAUUUCUGCUAAAUUCAAGCACAGCAUGCUGAAAAGCCUUAUUUAUUUUUAGAUAAGAUAAUGCAAACUGACUCAGCCAAAGAACACUGCUUAUAAUUUGUCCUGCCUUGCUCCGACACCAACUGUUUUAAGUGUGUGGUGUUUAAAGUGUGCCUUACAUGCACUGGCAGUUAAGAAUAAUGUUGAUGUCAUUUCUUUCUGUUUUCACACAAACUAAACAUUAAAAAUGUUGGAAAAAAGGA